AUGGAGCUCUUUGGAAUUACUGAAGCAAGGACUGGUCUGGAGGGUAGGUACUGUGAUGCAAAGGUUGAUGAGUUAAUAGAUGGUAGAAGAGGGGUAUGGAAGGAAGAGCUUGUAAAGGAGGUGUUCACUGAAGAUGAAGCCAAGAUAGUAUGCAGUCUACCUAUAAGUAAAUCUGGUUUGCCUGACAAACAGAUUUUGGGCUACACAAAAGAUGGUUUAUUUAGUGUUAAAAGUGCUUAUCAUAUGGAGAUGUGUAGGAAAAGAAGGGAGAAAGGGGAAAAAUCAGAGGGGAGUUGGUUUGAUUGGAGGAAGUUGUGGAAUCUGAAUGUGCCAGGGGUUGUCAAAGUCUUCCUUUGGAAAGCCUUAAAUGACUGCCUGCCAACCAGAAACAAUUUGAAGAAAAGGAAAGUGAUUGAAGAUGCAUACUGUCCUAUUUGUGGAACUGAAGAGGAGACGGUUACUCAUGCCUUAUGGAGUUGUAGGGGGUUAUUGAGCUUGGUUGCAAAGGAGGAUCUCGAGCUGGUUGCAGUGGUGAUGAGAGGGGUGUGGUUUAGAAGAAAUGCUUUCAUUUUUGAGAAGAAAUUCACAGGUCCGGGUACUGUAAUUGAACAAGCUACAGUUUCUCUUGAGAAUUUCCAGAUGGCACAAACUAUAAGAAAGGAGGUAAGGGUGAGACCUGAAUGGGGAAGAAAGGGUUGCAGAUGGAAGGCUCCGGUUGGAGACUUCAUUAAAGUGAACUGGGAUGCUGGAAUGAGUGUUAAAGAUGGGAGAGUGGGGACUGGGGUUGUGAUCAGGGAUGGAAAUGGAGAGGUGCUGAGGGCUAUGAAGCUUUGUGCAAAACUUAAUUUUGAGAAUGUGAUCUUUGAAGGGGAUGCUUUAGCUGUUGUGAAGGCUAUUAAUGGUGAGAGGGAGAGCUGGGAAUGGUAUGGGCAGCUGGUUGAAGACAUGAAAGGAGUGCUAAAAAACAGAAAAAGGUGGUCAGUGCAGCAUGUGUUCAAGGAAGGUAAUCAAGUUGCACAUCAUCUAUUUAAAGUUUCUCUUUCUUUCAUAGAAGAACAAAUUUGGAUGGAAUGUUGUCCACCAGAAGUUCAAAAGAUAGUUAUACAAGAGAAUUUGUAUACAGUUAAUUCAUAA